GAGGACUUCCCUGGGGUGGGUGGCUCUGCCCGCAGUCCAGGCAGAUAUAAGGCUACCUUACCAGCAAGGGGUACACAGAUGGAAAAGAGAGAGGCUGUCAUGUCCUCUUGGAGCCCAGAGCGAAACCAGAGCCGGGGACGCCUUAGCUCCCACCUUUCUGGAACACUGUUCCUGCUGCUGCUAUGUGUGGCCUUAGCCCAGGAUGUCACCCCAAAGCGUGACACCUGCUUGGUGUUCGAGUCCAGCAAUGGCAGCUCCGUCUCCUGCCACCCACCUGCCAAACUCCCUCACCGCUUCCCAGCCGACACCGUCUUCCUGGUGGUGGAGUUCUUGAACCUCACGCAGCUGAGGCCAGACACCCUCCAGGGCGCGUCUAGGCUCCAGGAGCUGCACCUCUCCACCAACCAGCUGCAGAGCCUCUCGCCCAAGCUCCUGCUGCCAGCGCCCCUGCUGAGGGUGCUCGACCUCACCCGCAACGCCCUGACCCGGCUGCCCCCCGGCCUCUUCCAGGCCUCGGCCGCCCUCCACACCCUGGUGCUGAAGGAGAAUCGGCUGGAAAUCCUGGAGCCCUCGUGGCUGCAGGGGCUCGAAGCCCUGGCGCAUCUGGACGUAUCUGGGAACCGCCUCCAGACACUGCCCCCGGGGCUGUUGGCCAACGUCACCUCCCUGCGCUUCCUUGACCUCAGCGAUAACCAGUUGAAGACUUUGCCCCCUGACCUUCUGAGGGGCCCCCUGCAGUUGGAAAGGCUGCACCUGGAGGGCAACAGACUGCAGGUGCUAAGAGAGGGGCUCUUGGCACCCCAGCCAGACCUGCGCUACCUUUUCCUGAACGACAACAGGCUGGCCACGGUGGCAGCCGGUGCCUUCCGAGGCUUGCAGCAACUAGACAUGCUCGAUCUCUCCAACAACUUGCUCACCAGCGUGCCCCAGGGGCUCUGGACAUCCCUGGGGCAGCCCACCCGGGACAUGAAGGACGGCUUCGACAUCUCUGGGAAUCCCUGGAUCUGUGAUCGGAACCUGGACGACCUCUAUGGGUGGCUCGUGGCCAACAGAGACAAGAUGUUCUCCCCGAAUGCCACACGCUGCGCUGGGCCCGAAGCCUCAAAGGGACAGCUGCUCCUGGAAGCAGCUGAGUCCCACUGAGGCCUGGGGCUGGGGUGGGGAGACAGGCCUGUCAGCACACUGCUCGGUACUUAGCAAAUAAUUCCCCUUCGGCUUUCUAGAGUGGCUUGGCCCAUGCUGCCCCAAGUGCACAUUGGGCUCUCCAGCCUCCUUGUGCCCUCUUCCAAGAAGGCCUUUCCCUGGGGGCACCUGGCUGGCUCGGUCGGUAGAGCAUGAGACUCUUAAUCUCAGGGUCGUGAGUUCAAGCCCCACGCUGGGCAUGGAGCCUACUUAAAAGAAAAGAAAAAGAAAAGAGAAUGUCUUCCCCUGUUUUCCAGACCUCUUGGUCUCCAGGCUCCCUCAACCUGGGCCUCCCUCCGGCCCAGCGCUGGCUACACUGGGGGGUUGUCUCUGUCUGGUUCUGCCCCCCCCCACGUUGCGGGGGAGCUCUCCGAAUGCAGGGCUGGGUUCCCUCAUGGCCAGCAUCAUUCAGUUUGGGGUCGGGCCCGAGGGGUUAAUAAAUAGCUGUGGAAUGGAA